CGUUGCUCACCUUCCCACAUUCCCUACCGCACUUAUUACACUUAUCGCGGGCUUUAUAUUUCGGGGUUAAUAUCUGCGACCGUCAAAAUGGCCGACAUAGACGAAGCGGCCAUUCACAUGCCCUCCAAUGACUCCUCCGCGCACAUCGACGCUGACCUCUCCGACGAGACGCAGGACUUCCGCAUGCUGAACCACCUCACCUUCCUCACAGAUGGAUCCCAAGGCAGUCUCCCCAAACGCGGGGAAAAGGACUUCGAACCGAACCCGACCCUCUUCCAAGCCGACAUCCUCUCCGCGUCGCGCCAAGCGAUGCACAAUGCCCUCGCGUACCCCCGUCUGCAUCACCCCAGGAACCAGGUCAUUGGAAUCUAUGCGCCCGACGGACCCGCGCCCCCACCGCUCGCGCAGCCGUCGAAGCAGAUGGACACCGUUCUAGAAGAUAACGACACCCAACCGCAACAACCAGAGAAUACCACAGCCACAGCCGGGGAUGCUGGGCCCCCCAAAGCUACAGGGGCGGAGAUGGGCGUCCCCGCAGAGUCUUGCGUCUACGUGUCGAACCCCAAGGGCCAGUACUUCAAAACGAUCGGUCGCGCAGAUCGGUGGAACCGCGUUUGGCUGCUCCCCGAGGAAGCCUUGUACCUACUUGAGCGAGGCAGCUUGGACAUCAGAUGGCCGGUAUCGUCGACGGGGUGUCCCGGGGAGAGUGAGACGGCGGAUUCGGGGAUACCGAUGAGCUUGCAGGCUGCGUAUGCGUGCUUCCUUGGACACGGCGGUUUGAAUAUGGAGAGAUUCUCUGUGUAUACUGGGCUACGGCGGUUGGGAUACACGCUUGUGCGCGCCCCUGGGUGGUACGAUGAUGCCGAUGAGGGGGAUUGCAGUGCAGAGGAUGCUCAGGUGCAGUCGCGAGGACCUGGCUUGGCGGGGGUAUUUGGUCGGUUCAUGCAGUGGCUGUCUGAUUCCCCGCCUUGCCCUGUGGCCGGACCUCUCGCUGGUCUUGGAAUCCACCGCAGCUAUGAUGACAUAUACCGCAAACUGUCCAUCAUCCCCUGGCAAGAUCCUACUGCCCCGCGGUCUGAAUCGCGCCCGACAUCCCCGCCAUUCCGCGUCGUCUUCCACGUGUACAAGCCUUCUACUCCGUUCCGCAAAUCCGCUCCUCCAGCGGCCGAUUUCCGAGUCGCUGUCGUGAAUGCCCGUGAAACCGCCGUGCCGACACUGGCGCAGAUGAGCGCUCUGCUCGAAAGCACGCCGCUGGACCCUCCCAAGGGUCCCAGGAUGGACCGGGUUCUGUCCCUGCGGCUACGGCAGGGUUACCGGAGUGUCAUCUUGGCCGUCGUGGACCAAGGUGUCGUCAGUUAUCUCCGGGUUGCCGACUCGGCGUUCGGCAAGGAAAAGCUCUACAAACUGCAAGGGCCGAAGCCAAAUCAGAAGAGGGGACCUCCCCGACCUCGCUCGAAGGGACGUUGACACCCACAAGGUCCAACGAUAUAGAUUACUGGAAC